AUGUACCAUAGCGGCAUUGGCGGCGGCGGUUUCAUGCUGAUCCGAGCUCCCAAUAACACGCAUGAAUUCAUCGAUUUCCGCGAAACUGCCCCGGCUGCAGCAUUCCAAGACAUGUACAAGAAUAAUAGUGAUGCUUCGGUUCUGGGUGGCUUAGCAAGUGGUGUCCCUGGCGAAGUUCGAGGACUCGAAUAUCUCCACAAGAAAUAUGGCCUGCUUCCAUGGCACACAGUCAUGCAACCCGCCAUUCAAAUUGCGCGUUAUGGAUUCCCAGUCACCGAGGAUCUAGUUCGUUACAUGGACUCCGCAACUAAAGGAAAAGAGGAUUUCCUGACCAACAACCCUACGUGGGCAUUGGAUUUUGCUCCGAACGGCACCCGGCUCGGGCUUGGGGACAUUAUCACGCGAAGACGAUACGCUAAUACCCUGGAGACAAUUGCAAUGAACGGAGCGGACGCAUUCUAUUCCGGCGCAAUCGCAGAGACCAUGAUCAAUGCCCUCCAGGCGCAGAAUGGCACCAUGACCUUGGACGAUUUGAAGAACUAUACGGUUGCCGUUAGAGAUACCGCGCAGAUUGACUACAGAGGAUUCAAGGUCACGAGUACAUCGGCUCCAUCUAGUGGAUCCAUUCUUCUGAGUGCUUUGAACAUCGUCGAAGGUUACGAUGAUUUCUUCGCACAGGGUAAUGUGAAUCUGAGCACUCACCGCUUGGAUGAGGCUAUCAGAUUCGCGUACGGCCAGAGAACACACAUGGGAGAUCCUCUCUUUGUGGAUGGCCUUGACGAAUUCCAGGACAAGAUCCUCAAUAAAUCAGUCUCCGCGAAGAUUCGGGCUAAUAUCUCGGAUGAGCACACUCAAGGGAUCGCGGCAUAUGACCCAUCUGGCUUUGAAAGCCUUGAAACCCCUGGGACCUCCCACAUGUCCGCAAUCGACCGUACGGGGCUUGCUAUCUCCUUUACAACAACCGUCAAUCUUUACUUUGGCAGUAAACUCAUGGUUCCUGAAACCGGAAUCAUCAUGAACAAUGAAAUGAAUGACUUCUCCAUCCCCGGCACGGACAACGCUUUUGGCUAUCGUCCCUCCCCGUCCAACUACGUUCGCCCAGGCAAACGUCCACUCUCGUCGAUCUGCCCAACCAUCAUCACCCACCCCAACGGGACCGUGUACUUUGUCACCGGCGCCGCCGGCGGCUCGACCAUCAUCACGUCCACGCUUCACAGCAUCGUCAACGUUCUCGAUCGCCACAUGACCGCGCCACAAGCCCUGGCCGAACCGCGCUUCCAUGACCAGCUCGUCCCCGACGAGAUCGAGGUUGAGUACUCGUUUGACAACUCCACGCUGGCCUUCUUGCAGGAUCGCAAGCACAAUAUUACGUGGGUGGAGCUGGCGGCGAGCACGGUGCAGUCUAUCAGGGUGUUGCCCAACGGUACCUUUGAGGCCGCGGGUGAACCCCGGCAGCGUAACUCUGGUGGACUGGCUAUUUAA